GUGAACAGCUUUGAACACAAAUCACUCUUGACUCAGUCCAGAGAUCUUUAUAAACUCAGCAGCAGAAAGAGCAGUGCACCUGUCGACAUGAGCGCAGCAGAAGUUCUGGCCCUGUACGAGCAGCAGGGAUAUCUGUCGGCUCUUCCCAUCCUGAGUCCAGAAGAGCUUCAGAGCGCCCGAGACGCUUUCGCUGAGCUGGAGAGAAAACACGGUGAAGACUACACGGCGUACAGUCUUCAUAACAUUCAUAUGGAGUAUGAGUGGGUGAGGGGUCUCGCAAAGCACCCUCGGCUUCUCCAGGUGGUCACGGCGGUCCUGGGGCCCGAUGUCAUCCUGCUCGACUCCAGAUUCAUCUGUAAAUAUCCAGUGUGUAACAAGCAACAGAACAAUGAUGUCAUCGCUUGCAACCAAUCAGGGAACCGCUGUGAAGAGAAGAAGGAAGGAAAUGCGAACGAGGAGAAAGAAAGCCUGCCCUUCGUGGCCUGGCAUCAGGACAUGAAGUACUGGGGUUUUGAUGGAGGUCCAGUUUUGUCAGUCUGGCUGGCCCUGGAUGAUUCACUCAAGGAAAAUGGAGCCCUGCAGGUUAUCCCAGAAAGUCACCACUCUGGUCUUCUGCCUCAUCAUCAGUCCAAACGAUCCGGGAACAUGUUGAGUGUCAAUCAAGAAAUCCCAGAAGAGCUGGUGGAGUCUGAGAAAGCCAUCUUGUGUCCCUUGUUAGCCGGUCAGAUGUCGAUCCACGAUGGACUUCUGGUUCAUGCCAGUGAUCCUAACACGUCCAGUAGGAGGCGCUGUGGAUAUGUCCUCCGGUACGUCCCCACAUGCACUUAUCCAAUCCAGGACCCUGAACGGCCCAGAACUUUCCCUGCUACAGUUCUGGUCAGUGGUGUUGACAAAUACAACCACUUCUCCAAACAAAACUGAGAUCAACUCUCUGUGAACAUAUACAAUGUAUUAAAACCUGGCAGUCUGUGUCAUUUUACUGUUUUUCAUUCGUGUUUAUUCUUUUAAAAUAUUUUGAAUAAUGCAUUAUUUUGCUUGACUAUCAAUAGGGAGUUUCUAGUGGUAUUUAUUGUGUGUUUAUGGAAUUUUUUUAGGAAAUCAGAAGGGUUUAAUGAUUUGAUUUUAAAUGGAAGUGACUAUGUUCGUAACCUGUACUUAAUAAAGUCCUCAUCACUCAUCACA